GUUCGCUUCGUGCGCAUCUUGAGGAUCUUCAAGCUGACACGCCACUUCGUCGGCCUGCGUGUAUUGGGACACACCCUCCGCGCGAGCACUAACGAGUUCCUGCUCCUCAUUAUCUUCCUAGCGUUGGGCGUUCUCAUCUUCGCCACCAUGAUCUACUACGCCGAGCGGAUCGGAGCCAGCCCCAACGACCCCACGGCUAGCCACCAUACUAUGUUCAAGAACAUCCCCAUCGGCUUCUGGUGGGCCGUUGUCACCAUGACCACUCUGGGUUACGGAGACAUGUACCCUCAGACGUGGUCUGGCAUGGUUGUCGGUGCGCUUUGCGCCCUCGCCGGCGUGCUGACGAUAGCCAUGCCGGUUCCCGUCAUCGUCAAUAACUUUGGCAUGUAUUACUCACUAGCCAUGGCCAAACAGAAGCUCCCUAAGAAGAGGAAGAAACACAUCCCUCAGGCGGUGCAGACCGGCUCGCCGUCCUACUGCAAAACGGACCUGAGCACAGCCUGCAACAGCACGCAGGGAGAGCUGUGUUUAGGACAGAGCCGAGGACUGGAGCGCCACCGCUCAGGUGAGAGCUGUUAA